AUGACAGAUUGUCGUAGUCUUCGUGAUUGUUUGCUGGAAAGUGUCGAUGAUUUGGAUUUUAUCACCAAACAGAUCUUGGAAUCUCUCCUUAAUCGCGACAAAUAUCGGCGUGGAAAUGAAUCCUUGAACAGCUUGGUGACAUUAUUCGAAGGACGUAUUAAUGAAGUGAAAAGUCUGCUUGAAAGAGUGCCUGAAUUUCGUGCUCGAGAAGAUCUCAUUCGUCAGCUUGAGAACUGUGUGCAGGAACGAAAUGAAGUGAUCGACAGACUAGAAACAAAUCUCAAAGUGGCCGAAAUGGCCCUUACGUCAGCUGUUUAUCAGGCGAACAACAAGAUUCAUUCUGUUCGCGAAUCUGAGGCGCAUCCGGUUAACAGCGAAGUUGUCAUACGUCUUGCCCAUCAAAUUAGCAAAAACUAUUCCGUGUCGGCGCCAUUAUAUUGGCAGCAAGGUGAUCCUUCGCGACCAUUUCCUACUGAACCAGAGUUCCGAGCCUCAGCCCUCGCUGCACCAAGAACCAAUCCACCAGUAGUACCUCCUGCUUUCAGCCUUCUUCGACAACAGCAUGUUGCUGCAAGCGGGAUGGGACGUGUUUCUUCGCCGAUGACGGGGAUGCCCCAGAUGCCUGUUCAGGGCAAGGUUUGGAGCCCACGUACAGGGUACCAACAAGCUAGCCCAUCUCCACGCGGCCGGGGAGCUGCUCAAUGGACUGGAAGAGGCGGCGGACCAGGAGGUGUUUCUCCUUUCCAGAAGAGAACCACCCAUAUGGGAGAGAACUCUCCUCGUAUGGUGUCUCCAACUGUGAACAUCAACUUUGUGAGCCCGCCACCAAGGAUGAAUCCACCACCAGUUAGCAAAGCUUUGACAGCACAUCCGGAUUUUGAAAACGACCGAUUGACGCAAGUACAAGUGCAAAGCCCUCUACGCGCAUUUACAUUGUGCUCAAAGAUGCCGCCAAAUGCUGAACAAGCGCCUUCAGGGCUAUCAUUCGUAAAGGAAGCAAUCAACGCCGAACUUCCUGAACAAGACGGUUUCGAGUCACAUUUAUUCACUGUGGGCGAAUACAACAAUGCCGUUGGAGCGCCGUUCAAGCUGCCUUACAAUCCAGACUCGGCUGCUGUUCUGAUCAUAAGCACACCUAACAUGUUCGACGUUUCGUUCAAGAGAUGGAUCCUAAUGAAAUACAAAGAGUUCGGUUCGAUCGAAGCAGUUGCCGAGAAUAUAUCGUCGCCUAUUCAAGAGUUUUUGAAUUACCGCCUUGAGCCAUUAUGUAGGAUUUUUGACGAGGCCAAGGUUGAUUAUGAGCUUCUGCAUGAUCACUCGCUUUGGCCGAAUCGGAAACCAAAGAUUCUCAUGCAAACUUGUGGCCAUAUUUCUGGGGCAGCAUAUUAUUAUCAACCGUUUCAAGUGGGCGGUGAAGGUUGGCCUCCACUUAUUCCUCAAGGAAAAAAGAAAUUCAUUGGCCUAAGUCUCCAUCCCAUUUAUGGUGGUCACUUCGCCUUCCGAUCUGUUUUCAUUUUCCCGAAGCUCCGUUUGGUGGACUUCAAUGCGCCAAAGCCACUUUCCAUACUACACUCAAAAUCUGAAAUUCGUGAUGCUCUGGAGAAAUUCAAUUACAGCUGGCAAAAUUCUGGAUUCAGGGACUUCGGUAGUCCAAUUAAACGUUAUUCUGCCACACAAAUGGAGUUUUUUGGAGUUCCACCUUCUGAGCGAUGGGAUAUCUUAAGACAUUGGUGUGAACAACCAUAA